AUGAAAUUCAAUCCUACUCCUUCAGUACAAGACGCUGACAUUGCUCUUAGUCCAGCUGAACUCGAAGUACUUCGUAGACAAUAUAUUAAAGAAGGAGAAUAUGCUACGAUUCAAACCAAGUUCAAUUAUGCUUGGGGACUCAUUAGAUCAACAAAACCCAAUCAUAUAGAGCUGGGCAUCAAGUUACUAACAGAAAUCUACACGGAUGCUCCUGAAAGAAGAAGAGAAUGCUUAUACUUUUUAGCUAUUGGGAACUAUAAAAUUUCAAAUUACUCAGAAGCAAGGAGAUUCAAUGACCAAUUGUUAAAGCUUGAACCUAGAAAUGAACAAGCAGCAAGUUUAAAAAAACUUAUUGACGACAAAGUAUCAACAGAGGGUGUCAUUGGUUUGGCUAUCGUCAGUGGAGUCGUCGCUGUUGGAGCAGCUUUAAUAGCAGCUGUGGUCAAACGUUCAAAAUAA